AUUUUAAAUGACAAAAAGUCACAUUAAGGACCAAUCGAAUUAUUCCACACUUGUCUCAGAGAAACACCAGCUUCACCCACGAGACUGGCGCUCAGAGAGAGGAGGAGUGAGGAGCAGAGGGAGGAAAGUCUGCAGCAGUCCUCAUUAAAAUUCUCUGUCCGUACACUCCCUCCUCCCUCCCUCCCUCACCCACCACCACUCAACCUUUGGUGGGUGGCACCACGGGCGUCCUGCGCGCUUCCUAAUUGCUAACCAGGCAUUAACGAGCGCUCACCGAGCAGCGUGGCCGCGGAUCGAGGCUCCGUCACAGAGUUUCCUUCACAGACACCUGCUCCUCCUCCUCCUCCUCCUCCUGAUACUGACCACACCGGGGGCUACAAGAGAAGGAUCGGGGGGGAGGUGAGUCCCGGAGGUCCAGCAAAGGGUGGCGCCCGUGCGCAUCUCUCCUCCAGCCUGGACACACUGUUGGUCCACACUCACCGACUGCUCCUCCUCCUCCUGGUUGUUCUGCUCCUGCUCCUCCUCCUUCUGGUUCCUCCGCUCCUCCUGCUCCUGCUGAGGCUUCAGUGGAUCUCGCACCGUGGUUGGAAGUGGUCACAUUUCCCCUUGAGGAGUGGCGACAUGUGGGUCCGGGUGGUGUGAGGACUGACGGACGAUCUCAGGUUCCGUUCCUGUCGGACACGCAGAGGACCCGACGUUACAACGCACCUUGUGGAGUAGAGAGCCAUGAGCACUGUGGAGGAGGAGCCGGAUCACAUGAUACCAUGAAGACGAGCCUGCAGGUCCUGCGCUGCCAGCUGCUGAAUGUUCUAGCAUUCCUUGCACUGCCAGUGGCACUGGUGUCGUCAGCACAGGAUCCCAAACUCAGUCACACAUCCCAGGACUCUGUCUCCAUGGCAGCUGCCCAAAACAACCCCCCAUCUCUCACUAAAAUGAACUGGCAUCACGAAGGGUCCACCAGUGGGGAGUGGACGUAUGAAGGAGGUGCUGAACCCACAAACGUCACCCCCCGCACUGCCGUUUUCCCUCCUUCAGCCUGGCUUCACACUGCCCACGUCUCCAGCCGGGUUCAAGAAGACCGUCUGGGUCAUGACACAAACACUGUCACAGCCAACACUGAAGGUUGGGCUGACCAGCUGCACCAGUCCAGUUCUGUUGGUGUAAACCCAGGCCAUGUGGAGACGGUGGUCAGGCUCCCUGCAGCGAUCCCUCACCAGACCAGCAGCAGCAGCAGCAGCAGCAGCAGCACAGUGGAUCCAAGGAUGAACAUCCAAUCAUCUGCCUUCCAGGACCUCAGCCAGCAGCUUGGCGACCGUGCACGUGGCCUGAGACUCAGGGAGCACGCCCGGGGUGUUCAUCAAAAGGUGGCGCCGUCACACCACCACAGCAUCACCCAGCGGGAAGUGCAUGCAGCGGAGGAACCCCCCACAGAUGAGCUGUUACUCACUGCAGGGUCAAGUUCUACUCCUUCACUCAAGACACCGGAGGGGAGUCAGACGCCCCCUGUGUCCACCCCGGUCACGUCCACUGAGCCGAGCCUCACAUCCCUGAAUUCCACAGUUGUUCCAGACAACCACACCGCGGCCAACGAGACCACCGCGGAGGGCGACCGCGGUCAGGUUAUCUUAGCCAAUGCUACAGACAGUCCCAGUCUCGGACGGUGGAUGGUGAACGUAACUACACAAAGUGGGCUGUCGUCAAACGGCAGCACGGUGGAGGUCUCCACCAAGGGGAACAUGACCGAAGCACCUUACACUGCCAGCAAGAACUUCUCAAACAGACAGGUGCCUCCAACCACCCAGGACCCCUGGACCUACAACAACAGUUCGGACCCCACCAUCAACUCCCCGCCCGCCCGUGUCAUGAUCUGCUUGAGCAGGAUGGAGAUUGUGUGGAUUGUCCUCGCCAUCAGUGUGUUUGUGUCCUCGUGCUCUGUGCUGUUGACUGUGUGCUGCAUGAGGAGGAAGAAGAAGUCGUCGAGUCAGGAGAACAACCUCAGCUACUGGAACAACGCCAUCACCAUGGACUACUUCAGCCGACACGCCGUGGAGCUGCCCCGAGAAAUACAUACGCUGGAGAGCGAGGACCAUGACACCUGUCUACCCCCUAAUGGAGACUACGGUGGCAGCAGCGUAGUACUGGUUAACCCGUUCUGCCAGGAGACACUCUUCAUCAACAGAGACAAAGCCUCUGCCAUCUAGAGACAGAGACGGAGGACACCUCCCUGUCCCACUCCCAUCUCCUGCUCCCCCUGUUGUUGUUGUCUAUUUUCUAUAUGUGUUAAAACAAAAAACAAAAAAUCCAGAGACUUUUGACUUUAUACUGUAUAUUAUAAAAAACAAAGAGCAACCUUAUAAAGGAGAGUGAUGUAAGCAGACGCUAUUUACUAUGAGGAUGCACCUGCAUAUUUUUCUGAUGUACAUUUUCUACAAAAAAAAGGUCUUAAAAAAAGUUUUUAUUGUCUUUAUAAAAUACAAAUAUAUGUGGUAUGCAGCAGGUGUCACCACAGUGGUGGGAUGCUGAGUGCCACGGAGCGAGAGACACGUGUUAUGAGAACAUCAAAGCUGUAAUUCUACUUUUUUUCUCUCUUUCAGAUC